AUGGCAUCCACUAUUGCUAACAAUUCGCCUACACACGCUAGCGCAGGCAAGAUCGGUUUACACGGUCUUGGAACACUUUCCUUUUCCUAUAGCUUUUACCUCCUGACAACCUGGGACUCAGCAUACUCAGAUUCUUUCGGGUGGUACUUUCAGCUGCUGACUGUUGUGGGACUCACCUUAUCUCUCAUCACAUCUACCCUUGGCCUCAUCACAGACCUUACGAGACACGAUGGCUUCUCAAGGACCAAGGAUACCAUUUCACUUCUUGCGACGCCUCUCGAAGUCAUGAUCGCAGUCUUGUACUGGUCUAUCAAAUUCCACGAUCCAUCUCUGCUCAUGCCAGCCGACCUUGUCAUCAAUCCUUGGGCUGAUCUUGGAUACCACCUGGUACCCGCAGUGCUAUUGGUGCCGGACUUGCUUCUGUGCAGUCCCCGAGCGACUGUCACGACGAGGAGCAUGAUGUUCACCAGCACCAUCUUGGCUGUCGUUUAUUGGUGCUGGAUUGAAUCAUGCUAUUACCAAAACGGCUGGUAUCCGUAUCCCAUGAUGGAUCAGUUCAAUGCCAUUCAGCGGGUUGCAGUCUUCGUUGGAUCAUCAGGAUUACUUACCUUGACAUCCUCUUCUCUGCAAUGGGUACACGGCAGGGUGCACGGUCUCGAUGUGACGAAGGUCAAGUCGAACUAA